GAGAGGUACACAGGGAGAGAAAGAGAGGGGGAAAGGGAGAGAGAGAGCGCGCUCUAACAGGUGUGCAGAAACACGGCGGUCUGUCCAGUGGAAGAGUGGACAUCCACGUCACGCACAUCCCUCUGUCGGACCUACUUUUAAAAGUGCUUUUUCGACCACGCUUCGCUCGACAUCAUGGUCGUUUUAUAGUACCUCUCUACCCGGAAACACAAAUGAGCAUUUUGCGCUAAUUGAGAGUCGAGAGCCACACUCUCGUGUCUGUGGAAUGUACAACUAGCGAAAGAUAUAAACCAAAGAGGAGGAAUCUAUCCAUAAAUGGACAAGAGAAACAACAUGACGUUGUCAAGGAGAAGAUUGCUGGUCAACUUUUGUCACAUGUAGUCACACCCUUCAUUAGGGCGGCUUUCAUGCAAACGUAUUUGUAAACAACAUAAUCUGCAGUUUCUGAUUAAGUGAGUUUGGCAGUGGUAACCAUUUUAAGUUAAUUUCCAUGCAAAGAACUUGCCAAGUUGUUAAACAGUAAAACAGGACUUCAUCAGAAUGUGUUUGUUGUAGGCCCAAAUAUUUAUGACCUCAACUCCACAGUGUAUAAAAGUUUAAGCUUUGUAAUCAUCGACGUUUAGAUAUUUUUUUUUUUUUUUUUUUUUUAAUCUCCAGUGGACAUCACCAUCAUUUUUCUUGGACGCUUUCAUCUGCUUGCGUCCCCCUUUGGCAGUCUGCCAUUUGGCAAAGCUCAUCUCUCAGUCCACUUUACCCCCACCCAUCUUUCUUUCCACAAAAACGGUCCUCUGAGAGGCUUCAACGUGGCGGGCACCAUUCCAGUCAAGGGGGAAGAGGACUUCCUGACGCUGGCCGCUUCCCGGCUCAGCCGUAGGAAACGUGUAAUCGGAGCGGCCGUAGGCGUAGCCAUGGUUCUCGUUCUGCUGGUGGCCAUUCCCCUGCUUGUCCACACAACCAAAGGAGGGAAAACAGGAAGUGACGGCAGCCAUUAUGAAAUGCUGGGAAGCUGCAGGAUGGUUUGUGAUCCUUACGCCACCUCACAGCCAGGCCAGGAGUUGACAGCUGUGUCUCCGCCGCCCCAGGAUUACUCUGGGAAGAAGAUCAAGUCAGGCAUACGGGGACCUCCGGGAAUCCCUGGCCCCAUAGGAGCACGUGGGCCCCCUGGGGAGCCAGGCAAGCCAGGGCCGCAAGGUCCGCCAGGUCCAGGUCCUGGUGGCUACUCUCCCUCCCUCUACACUCCCAAAAUUGCCUUUUACGCAGGGCUCCGCAAGCAGCACGAGGGCAGUGAGAUACUGAAGUUUGACGACGUGGUAACCAACGUAGGCAACUACUACGAGCCCAGCACUGGCAAGUUUACCUGUCCGCUGCCUGGCAUUUACUUUUUCACCUACCACGUGCUCAUGAGAGGUGGGGACGGCACCAGCAUGUGGGCGGACCUGAAGAAGAACGGACUGGUAAGAGCCAGCGCCAUCGCUCAGGACGCAGAUCAGAAUUAUGACUACGCCUCAAACAGUGUGAUCCUGCACUUGGACGUGGGCGACGAGGUGUGUGUGCAGCUGGACGGCGGCAAGGUCCACGGAGGCAACACAAACAAGUAUAGCACCUUCUCUGGCUUCCUCAUCUACCCAGACUGAGAGACAGCCAGCAUCUCAAAUACACACGUCCAUGCAGACAUCAACACAUGAUCGACACACAUGCAUGCAAACACACGCGCACACGCACGCACGCACACACACACACACACACACACACACACACACACACAUGCUGGUUAUUAUUGAAUUGUGGCGACCACCUUUUCUACAGGUUGUGGAGGCAUAAAAAAAAAUUGGUAAAAUGGCCACUGCCCAGUUAGCUCAUACAGGUCUUUAAAUCUCUGGAUUAAGUAAUGUGCUGAUCAUCCAUACUGGGGACCCUGGGGAAAAAAAGAGUAACCGUAUUUUUCGGACUAUAAAUUGCAGUUUUGUUUUUUUUUCAUUGCUUGGCCGGUGCGACAUAUACUCCGGAGCGACUUAUGUGUUAAAUUGUUAACACAUUACGGUAGAAUAUUAAAUAAUAUUAUUUCUUUCAUUUGCGGAAGAGACAAAGUAAAUGUCAGCAAUCGUCACACACACGUCAACCAAUAAGAAUUUGGCGAGGGAGGGUCAUGGCAGAAGUGCAUUGUGGGUCAUGAGAUGCUAACUGCUAUAUGCCAUAUGCUACUGCCGUAGCUAUUAAAAUGAAUAAUUUCAACGUUGGCGGUAAUUUAUAAAAACUGAGAAGGGCAGAAAAAAAAUGGCAUGGAAAAGGAAAUCAUGUACCGUAUUUUUCGGACUAUAAGUCACAGUUUUUUUCAUAGUUUGGCCUGGGGUGCGACUUAUACUCAAGAGCGACUUAUGUGUGAAAUUAUUAACACAUUACCGUAAAAUAUCAAAUAAUAUUAUUUAGCUCAUUCACGUAAGAGACUAGACGUAUAAGAUUUCAUGGGAUUUAUCGAUUAGGAGUGACAGAUUGUUUGGUAAACAUAUAGCAUGUUCUAUAUGUUAUAAUUAUUUGAAUGACUCUUACCAUAAUAUGUUACCUUUACAUAACAGGCACCUUCUCAGUUGGUUAUUUAUGCGUCAUACAACGCAUUCAGCCUGUUGUUCACUAUUCUUUAUUUAUUUUAAAUUGCCUUUCAAAUGUCGAUUCUUGGUGUUGGGUUUUAUCUAAUACAUUUCCCCAAAAAAUGCGACUUCUACUCCAGUGCGACUUAUGUUUUUUUCCUUCUUUAUUAUGCAUUUUCGACAGGUGCGACUUAUACUCCAGAGCGAUUUAUACUCCGAAAAAUACGGUACUGCAGAUUACAAGCUGGACGUAGUGAAAUAUGCAGUAGAAAACGACAAAAGGAAGCGGCGCAUACCUUUGGAGUUGGCAGAGUUGGUUAGAAGAGACAUCAAGGAUGAUGAUUUCAUGGGAUUUAUCGAUUAGGAGUGACAGAUUGUUUGGUAAAGGUAUAGCAUGUUCUAUAUGUUAUAGUUAUUUGAAUGACUCUUACCAUAAUAUGUUACGUUAACAUACCAGGCACCUUCUCAGUUGGUUAUUUAUGCCUCAUAUAACGUACACUUAUUCAGCCUGUUGUUCGCUAUUAUUUAUUUAUUUUAAAUUGCCUUUCAAAUGUCUAAUCUUGGUGUUGGAUUUUAUCAAAUAAAUUUCCCCCAAAAAUGCGACUUCUACUCCAGUGCGACGUAUAUAUGUUUUUCCUUCUUUAUUAUGCAUUUUCGGCCGGUGCGAUGUAUACUCCGGAAAAUACGGGAAUAUGGUUCAUGGGGACCAAAUUUAAAUAAUUUUGCAUAAUUCACACAAAUUUGUACGCGACUACUGAGGACCUUUUAAAAAAACAACAAAAAAAACAGUUCAAGUUAGAUGUUACUUUUCAGUAAACAUGUUUUAUGGGCCAAAUCUUAAAAAUCACUUAGGCAUCUUCAGAAUGGAUCUGACUAUCAGUUAAAAAAGUUUCCCUUCAGUGGACCUGUUAUUUUGUCCCUAUACCAUCAGAGGUCCCCUAAAGGUGGCUGUGUAAACAAAGCGAUGUCUCUAUAAAGUAAACGUUGCCAGACACACACGCACACACACACGGUCAUUAACAGACACAAUUAGGUGGAUGAAGUGAGGAAUAAAAAGGGAAACUACCGAUUAGUAGAUUUAUAUGAGUGACAUUUAACCUCCUCUGUGUGUACCUUGUGGCUCUGAAAUCUCCAAAAAUAUUGCAAUGUGAUCCAUAUGAACUUCAAUGAUUUGUUAUGCAAUAAUUGUGUUGGCAUCAAUCAUGAGAAAUGCUGCAUUCGGUUUACUUGAACAGUUCUGCUUUUUAAUAUCAAUCACCUGAUCAAAUGAGUUACCUAACCUCAACAUUAGGUACACCUCCAUAACCCAAUAAGAUCAAAUACAAGAGCUGUAAAAAAAAAUGCAGGACAAUGACAUUUAUGCUCACUUGUGAAAGACACAGAUGUAAUUUCAGGUUGUUUGCAAUUUUAAAAUAUUAGGAACAUGUGUAUUCAAUUUGCAUCUCCUUCACUGUGCAAAUUUAAAAUCUUGCAGUGGACCUUACUGGACCGUACAGGUGUACCUAAAGCUGCGAUUUGUUGUGCUUUUGUUUUUGUUUUUUACAAAACAAUCCUUAUCUUGUUCAUUUGGGCCAUUUAAAAACCCAAAAAGAAUCGACUUUCUUCUCUUUUAUAAUUCCAGUUGUGCGAUGAAUGCAUUGUUUACAAAAUGUGUGUGUAUGAGUGAAGUAUAUACGUGAUUUAAGGACCGACCCAUAAUAAAUGUUGUACAGUAUAUUACAAUGACAUGUUCUUUUCAUCAUGGUAUAUAUAUAUAUAUAUAUAUAUAUAUAUAUAAAUAUAUAUAUAUAUAUAUAUGAUAUAAAAAGGCUCAGCUGUCUGCUAUGUUGAACAGGUUGGGUAAACAAUUGCUAAUAAAUGAUCUAU